UGCUAACCCUUCAGUUCUAUCGUUUCAACUCACUGGGGCACUUCAACCCACCGGCGCGCGUUAACACAUUGUUCUAUUUCCAUGGGUGUGAAGGACAGGGAAUCAUACGACACAACCGCCUGCUGCGCGCAGGCAGUGAUAGUCACGGUGAAAAGCUAUGAUCAUGCUCGCUUUUUAUGAUCAGAUAACUCUUGCACGUGCUUUCAUAUCUGGCUGUCUUAGUUCCAAAAUUAAUACAAGAUUACGCUUUGCUCAGACUUAAGUGACUUGAUCAUAAACAAAACUGACAUAGUUUCUUUCUGCACCCUGCCAUCAAUAGUUGCGGACUCCUCGUAAAAUGCAGUUGAAAGGCAUAUUUUUACUCCUGUCUUUAGGAGCGUUCACCUCUUAUUAUGUUUACCAGCCCAUUCCAGACAAGAUAGAGGAGAGAUGGAAACUCAUGUUGACCGACUGUUUCUUCAGAAGUCUCAGCCACCUGGCAGACUUCAGUGAGCUGCUGGGGUUGAAGGACUACAUGGGGGUGAUGAUGUUCAUCACGUUCGCUGAGCGGGUGGUGCCCGUGUCAGACCAACGUGUGCACGUCACAGAGGAGCUGUUUGAUGGGGUGGAGGUGGUGGUGUACCAGCCCAAACUGCAGGGCGGCGACACUGAGCUGAGGAGAGCAGUCAUAUACCUGCAUGGAGGAGGAUGGUGCUUGGGCAGCGCCAGAAUGGGACCGUACGACCUCCUAGCUAGGCAGAUGGUCAUUGAUCUUAACUCUGUGGUCGUGUCUGUAGAGUACCGCCUGGCCCCAGAGCACCACUUCCCUGUCCCAUAUGAGGAUGUGUACCGGGUGGUGAAGCACUUCCUCCAGAGGGUGGUUCUGGCCCAGUACACUGUAGACCCAGGACGUAUCGCUGUGUCCGGGGACAGCGCCGGGGGAAACCUGGCUGCUGCCGUGUCCCAGCAGUUGCAGCAGGAUCCAGAACAGCAUCUGCAGCUGAAGGUCCAGGCCCUGCUCUACCCUGUGCUGCAGGCUCUGGACCUCAAUACCCCGUCCUACCAGCAGAACCAGAAUAUGCCUAUCCUGCCCCGUACCCUAAUGGUGCGCUUCUGGAGCGAGUACUUCACCAGCGACAAGACCUUCUUCAGGGCCAUGAUGACCAACACUCACAACAGCCCAGAGUCCGCUGCUCUGCUCAAAUUCGUCAACUGGAGUGCCUUCCUCCCAGAGUCCUACCGGGGCAAGUACAACUACAGCGCUCCGGUCGUGGCGUUGUCGGCUGGAGGGGCAGGUUCGGACGGGCCAUCGCGCUCCAUCGCUGACCCCCGGGCCUCGCCCCUUCUGGUCCCAGACGCUGCUUUACGCUCAUUACCCAAGGCCUACGUUCUGACAUGUGAGUACGACGUGCUGCGGGACGAUGGGGUGAUGUAUGCUGCGCGCCUGCGCCGCGCUGGUGUGGAGGUGACGCACGAACACUACGCCAGUGGUUUCCACGGCGCCCUCAUGUUCACGGUGUGGCCAACCGACUUCCUGAUUGGACGCACGAUGACGGAAAACUUCAUCAAAUGGCUGCAGCAUAACUUGUAGAAAACAGAAGAAAAAUUACGAUCUUUCAAUGUUCAUUCCUGUUUCCCCUAGCAACUCAAUAGCCGUUGUUUAGGUGCUGCUUAGAUUUUUGUCUGUUUGGUUGUUUAUUCAGUGACAGACAGUGCUUUUGUUUAUGCUUGCAAACUGAGGGGUUUUCCUCUCUAUGGCACUGUGUCCCAACAACAAUACCAGAUACCAGUCAAAAACAGGUUUGUCUGGAUUUUCUAAUCACCAAGGCAACCAAUGAGGUAGAACAUGAGGCUAAUCAACUGAUACCAGAUCCAAGACAUUUGAUGAAGCCAAGUGUUUCUACAUUUGAUUUCUGACACAUCCAUCUGAUACUGCAGCUGAUUCUCAUCACAUUUCAAAGUGUUUAAGGUUUUGUCAUUAACUUCCUGGUGGCAUGAUGCUUGCAACACCCGGGUUGUGUGUUUGAUUCCUAUGGGGGGACCAGUAUGAAAAUGUAUGUGUUCAUUACUUCAUUACUGUUUAUUACUUACUGUAAGUUGCUCUGGAUAAAAGCAUAGAACAUAUAACAUUAAAAAAAUGUACAUCUUAAGGUUAGGUCGUUGACUCCUAAGGUUUAGGAUAGGCUUAAAACGAUAAUCUCAAAAACAACUAUCUAUCACUGGAUUCAAAGUUGCAACCUUUGGAAUCAGAAGCAGAUGCCUGUGCCCAUCUGCUGUCCCUGUCCACAACACUCGAGCAAAACUGAAACCUACUUGAAGGUAACAGUGCUCAAUGUUGGCCCUAGUGGCCAGUGUCCGGUUUCCACGAAUACUGACUUGUAGUAUCACUUGUUAUUUAGUUGUGUAAAGUACUUCAGUAAAAAUGCUCGAAAGUACUAUCUAAGUAGUUUUUUUCACAACUUUUACUGUUACUUCACUACAUUCCUAAGGACAAUAAUGUGCUUUUUACUGCAUACAUUUUCCGUGACACCCAAAAGUACUCAUUACAUUUUGAAUGCUUAGCAAGACAGGAAAAUGGUCCAAUUCACACACUUAUCAAGAGAACAUCCCUGGUCAUCCCUACUGCUUCUGAUCUGGCGUAUUCACUUAAACACAAAUGCAUCGUUUGUAAAUGACGUCUGAGUAUUGGAUUGGUCCCCUGGCUAUCCAUAAAAUAAAUAAAAUUACAAGAAAAUUGUGUUGUUUUCUUUGCUUAAUAAAAUAGUGAACAAGACUAAAAGCAUUUGGUUUUAAAUAUACUUAAGUAAAAUAGUAAAGUACUACUUGAGAAAAAGUCUAAAAGCAUUUGG